AUUCCCUGCAUCAUUACAAAAAUGGCAAACUCUUCACCAAAGCUGAUCAUCCUCUUCCUCACAACAAUCACCAUCUUCUCCAUCUCACCAAUUUCAAACGCCCUCUCCAAUUGCCUCCUCACUCCCGAUCUCGACCUCCGAACCGAUCCCGACGCGAUCGCAGCAGCUUCGACCGACUACGGAAACCUGGUGAAGCGAAGCCCUCGCGCAGUCCUGUACCCUUCCUCCGAAAACGACGUCGUCGAGCUCGUGAGGCUGUCCAACGAGUGCCCCACCCCGUUCGGCAUUGCGGCCAGAGGCCACGGCCACUCCGUGAGGGGGCAGGCGGCGGCGCACGGCGGCGUGGUGGUGGACAUGGCUUCGCUGGGGAGAGACGGGGGCCGGAUUAGGGUUUCUUGGGAGGAAGGGUUAGGGUAUUAUGCUGACGUGGGCGGAGAGCAGCUGUGGAUCGAUGUGUUGCGGGCCGGGCUGGAGCACGGGCUGGCGCCUGUUUCUUGGACCGAUUAUUUGUACCUCACCGUGGGAGGGACGCUCUCUAAUGCUGGGAUUAGUGGGCAGUCUUCUUUCUAUGGCCCCCAAAUCUCCAAUGUUCUUCAACUCGAUGUUAUCACAGGUAAAGGGGAUCUGGUGAGUUGUUCGGAGGAAAUGAAUUCGGAGCUAUUUUUCGCAGUUCUUGGUGGGCUUGGGCAGUUCGGCAUCAUAACCAGAGCAAGAAUCGUCCUUCACAAAGCACCAACCACAGCGAAAUGGGUGAGAUUGAUUUACGACGACUUCAGCAAGUUUACGAGCGACCAAGAGCAUCUGAUCAUGAAUGGGUUUGGGAAUGGACCUAAUUAUCUGGAAGGUUCGAUUAUCACAGACAAGAGCCCUCCAAACAAUUGGAGAUCCACUUCCUUCUACUCACCUUGUCACCAAACCAAGAUUCAAUCUUUGUUGAAGGCCAACGGAGGCAUACUCUACUCCCUCGAGUUUGUCAAAUACUACACCAAUAUUCAUGAGGAGGAGGUUGAAUUAAUGAUGCUAAAAGAUCUGAGGUUUGUUCCUGGAUUUUCCUUCAAAAAAGAUGUACCCCUCUUUGAUUUCCUCAAUAGGGUUGGAAGCUUGGAAUUGGAAGGAGAUAAUGAAGAAGAAAAAGAAGAAGAAGAAGAAGAAGAAGAAGAAGCAGCUCAUCCAUGGCUCAAUCUCUUCUUGCCAAAGUCCCAAAUCAUGGACUUCCAUGCUGCUGUCAUCCUCAACCUCAUUCACACACAAAACCAGACUUCCGGCCCCAUUCUUUUCUACCCUCUCAAUAGACAAAAAUGGGAUGAUCGGACGUCGGCGGUGGUGCCGGAAGAUGAAGACAUAUUCUACACACUAGGGCUGCUGCACUCAACCAAGUUCAGUGAGUCGCAUGUUUUUGAGAAAGUGAACAAACAGAUUCUGGAAGUUUGUCAAAGGGAGGGAAUAAGAAUCAAGCAGUAUCUACCUCAUUAUGAAUCCAAGGAAGAUUGGGUUCAGCAUUAUGGGUCAAAAUGGAAUACUAUUCAAGAAAGGAAACAAAAGUAUGAUCCUAGAAUGAUUUUGUCUCCUGGCCAAAGAAUCUUUACUCCUGUUAUGGAAUCUGAUUUUUGAGUUAUUAAUUGCCUAUAUAUCUAAGAUUAGUUUAGUUUUCCUACAUGUGAAUUUUGUACUAGUACUUUUUUA